AUGGAGGCGAUUAAAACAUUUGUGCCGUUGGUAGUCGGCUCUUACGGACUGACACUGAGUUCGUACCUGUUUUACCAAAACAAAAAAAAAGAAAGGUGGAAACAAAUCGAUGGAUAUGUCGAUAAUGUAACUUUAAAAUAUUCGAAGAACAUCCUCCAAGGGAUAUUCCACCUUGACAUAAAAUAUUUUUUUUACAUAAAUGAAAAAAAAAUUGAAGACAGUAAGGAGUAUAAAAUUUCCGUUCAUCUCCUCAGCAACCAGGAGGGAGAACAAGUGCACACAAAUGAAUACACACGAAAUAUUUUCGAUCAAGUUAGUACAGAAAAAAAUAUUAAAAUAUGUUACAACCCUGAGGAUGUACAACAGUCGGAGCCCCUGAUAUACAUUUUCGAAAAUGACAUCAUCGCACGGGAGAAGCUUUCCAAUAGGGUGAAGAAUAAACUUUUUCGCAUAAAAUCGGGUCUCGUGAAGUUGCUUCGCUUGGGGGAAGCGGUAGAGAGAAGCGAUGACAGCGGGGAAGGCUUGGGUGAUUCUUCUGCCUCUACCCCCACCAACCAAACAGCUAAGAUGAAGGGAAGCAAAACUUCAGUCACGGUAGCGUCCCCCUGCGAUGCAGCAACGGACAGUGAGGGCAAGACAAAUGAACACUCAGAACCUUCGCAGUUCUCCAAAAAAAGGAUAAACGCCUAUGAUAUAAAUAAUUUAUUCCCAGGAAAAGAAUUUGCUUUGUCAGAAAGUCAAUAUUGGAACAAAAAAAAAAAAAUUGGAUAA